AUGAAGAGUAGACACGAAGCAAAAAUAGCUAGUAGCCAAGGGACCGCUGGACACCCAGUUGACACCGCACCCCCUGCACCCAACUUGCUUCAACGAGAAUCAACUAAUCUACAACAGAUCGAGACUGCCCAGUCAAAAACCUUCCGGCGACACGAAGGCCUGCCACCUAAAUCACAAUUAACAGACACGGAUGAAUCCAACGCACUCCACAGGGCCGGACUCCUAUCUACACCCUAA